AUGGCAUCUGCACCCAAUCUGGUUGCAAACCGAAAAUCUGGCCGCUUUAAGUGGGCUAUUGAAUUUGGGAGUGGAGGAAGCAGUUUCAGAGGUCGGGGUGACAGAAGUACUACACAGGACAGUAUGUAUCCUGUGGGAUAUUCUGACAAACAAGUUCCAGACACCAGUGUGCAGGAGUCUGACCACAUCCUGGUGGAGAAGCGUUGCUGGGACAUCGCUCUAGGACCUCUUAAACAGAUACCUAUGAAUCUAUUCAUUAUGUAUAUGGCUGGUAAUACAAUCUCCAUCUUCCCUAUUAUGAUGGUGUGUAUGAUGGCAUGGAGACCCAUACAAGCGCUGCUUGCUACACCUGCCACCUUCAAGCUCCUGGAGAGCUCUGGUCAGCGGUUUCUACAAGGGCUGGUUUACCUGAUUGGAAACCUUUUGGGUUUAGCAUUGGCUGUUUAUAAGUGUCAAUCUAUGGGACUCCUGCCGACACAUGCUUCUGACUGGUUGGCUUUCAUUGAACCACCAGAGAGAAUGGAAUUCACUGGUGGAGGCCUUGUACUGUAA